AUGGUAAAGCGUAGACUGAUGAAGAGACCAAGAUUCACAAAUGAUGCAGCAUUAUGCAAAGAUGUCGAGAGACGGGCACUUUUUGAGUUCAAACACGGUCUCAUUGAUCGUGCAGACCAACUUGCUUCUUGGUCUAGUCGAGAGCGCGACUGUUGCAAGUGGACGGGGAUUGUUUGUGAUAACAUUACUGGUCAUGUUCAUCGUAUUCAUCUUCGUGGAGCCGGUGGUAAUUGUCGUGUUGAAGAUUAUAGUACUACAAAAGAAUAUGAUGAAAUCUCAAAGUAUAGUUUAGGUGGGGAUAUAAGUUCAUCCCUCAUGAAGCUAAAAAUGCUCAAGUAUCUAGACUUGAGUUGCAAUAAUUUUUCAGAAAUUAAUGUUCCUAGCUUCUUGGGUUCUCUUCAAAACUUGAGAUAUCUUAACAUCUCAAGUUCAAGAUUUGGUGGAAUUAUCCCUCCUCAAAUCGGGAAUCUUUCUCGACUAGAAGUCCUUUCCCUUGGUAGUUUUUAUGAUGAUAGUUAUGGGUCUGAAUUGACUAGCAUGGUAAACGUGAAGUGGUUGUCUAAUCUACGCUUGUUGCGUCAUUUGGAUAUGAGUGGCGUAGACCUUAGCAAAGCGGUCAAUUGGCUUCAGGUGAUCAACACACUUCCUUUUUUGGUAGAACUUCAUAUGUCUAACUGUCAACUCACAAACGUAUAUCCGCAUGUUUCUAGUCUUAAUGUGACAUCCCUUUCCUUGCUUGAUAUUUCUGAUAACUAUUUUGACAAUAGUUCCGUACCUAUGUGGAUUUUCAGUAUAUCAAGUCUAGUUUCGUUGGAAUUAAGUCGGUGUAAUUUUCAUGGACAUAUUGGGAGUAGUAUGCAUAGUUUUCAUAACCUAACUUCUCUUCAGGUUCUUCAUGUAUCUGGAAACGAUUUUAUAAAUUCUUCAUUAGUUUUAAAGGAGUUGUCUAGUAUAGGUAGUAAUCUCAUUUCAUUAGAAAUUCAAUUUUGCGGUCUUACAAGCCCUGUUUUAGCGUCCCUGCAAAAUUUGACUUCACUUCAGAGCCUUGAUAUGUCACAAAAUCUACUCACUAAAGAAAUACCCAGAUCAUUUGGUUACCUUUGCAAUUUGCGACGUUUAGAUCUCUCGGGUAACAAUUUUCAAAAUGUGAGUUUUACGUCUCUUCUUGAGAGUAUUUUAGAGUGCAAAUCACCCCGUUUGGAGUCAUUAUCUCUUGUUUUCUCAGGUCUGUCUGGUCAUCUACCCGAUUCAAUAGGAAGAUUAUCGUUUUUGAGGUCAUUAUUAAUCAAAGAGAAUCUAAUUUCUGGUUCAAUUCCAAACUCAGUUGGACAAUUAUUAUCAUUAGAGACUUUAGAUCUACGUAAUAACCAACUGAAUGGUAGCCUUCCUGUUAGCCUUGGUGUACUUUCUAACUUGACUUUUCUCGGUCUAUCUUAUAAUCUGCUAACCGGUGUAGUAACUGAAGCUCACUUUGAAAAACUAGACAAAUUAAGAGUAUUUUGGGCAGCACGUAAUAAGUUGUCCCUAAAGCCGCACAAUGCAACCUGGGUUCCUUCAUUUCAGCUACAAAUUUUGGGUAUAAGCUAUUGGGAUCUAGGUUCACAAUUUCCAAUGUGGCUAAAGUUUCAGAGAAAUUUAGAAACCUUAGAUAUCAGCAACACAAAUAUUUCAUCGACCAUCCCCGAUGAAUUCUGGACAUCAGUUUCAAAUCUACAAGAACUCAAUGUGUCACAAAAUAAUAUCCAAGGAAGAUUAUCUAGCAUCCCUGCUAAGCUUUCGGUUAUUGACUUAAGUUCAAACAAUUUCAGUGGGAGUUUGCCUAAACUUUCAAAGAAUUCACUGGCACACAAGUUGGAUCUAUCAAAUAACUUAUUUACAGGAUCCAUGCAUCAUUUUUUGUGUCUCAAUAGUGGGGAAAGUCUUGAAUUACUGAAUUUUGCCAAUAAUCAACUUUCGGGUGUCAUUCCAGAUUGUUGGUUGAAUUGGCCAACUUUGUCAUUUGUAAGCUUGGAGAACAAUAAUUUGUCAGGUGUGAUUCCAGCAACUUUGGGAUCUUUAUUUUCUCUUGGAACAUUAAACUUGUGCAACAACAAGCUCUCUGGAAGCUUACCGGGUUCUCUUCGCAGCUUGGCUAGUUUAGAGAUUCUUCAACUUGCUAGAAAUGAACUUUUUGGAAGGAUUCCAUCAUGGGUGGGUAAAGAACUCUUAAGUUUGAGGAUUCUAAACCUUCGUUUUAACAAAUUCGAUAGGGAUAUUCCUCAUGAGCUAUGUGGUCUUACCGCCAUUCAAAUUCUAGUCCUUUCUCAUAACAAUCUAACAGGUAAUAUUCCAAAAUGUUUCGACAAAUUCAGUGUCCUCUCAGGGAAUGAAACUACUUUAAGCGGUCGAAUUUUUACCUUAUCCAUACUUGGCACGGAUCUUUUGGGUAGUGCCUCGUUGGUGACAAAGGGACGGGAAGAAGAAUAUAGCACUAUACUUCGUUUAGUGAUGAUAUUGGACCUUUCUAGUAACAAAUUGUCAGGACACAUUCCUGGUGAGCUAAUGUCCCUUCAUGCAUUACAAUCAUUGAAUUUGUCAAGAAAUCAAUUGACAGGAGAAAUUCCAAACAAGAUUGGAGACAUGAAAUCACUUGAAUCUUUCGAUAUUUCUCUCAACCAGCUAUCCGGGAAACUUCCUAUGAGCUUGUCCCGUUUGAAUUUUUUGAGUAGUUUCAACGUUUCCUACAACAAUUUGACCGGAAGAGUACCAUCAAGCACACAGCUUCAAGGUUUCGACGAGUCUAGCUUCAACGGCAACAAUCUUUGUGGCGAUCCAGUCACUAAGCGUUGCAUAAUAGAUGUCCCGGAUGCGAGAGACCAAGAAGAAGGUGAUGAUGGUUCACGUGGAAGAAAUUGGGGCUUGUUGAUUAGCAUAUUAUGUGGAUUUGGUGCUGGAUUUUGGUUAGUUUUGGCACCAUUGUUAGUUAGCCCUUCUUGGAGGAUUAAGUAUUUUUCUUUCUUGAACGGUAUGUGGUAUAUGUUUUGUGGUAUUAUUCAAAAGUGCGGCUAA